CCUUUUCCCAUCAUCACAGCCCAAUUCUCAGUUCCCAGCUUUGAAAAAACAGGCUUUUUGAACAAUGCGGCACAGGCGCGGCAGUCCGACUGCUGCCUCUGCCACGAUGGCGACGGGCAAGACGAAGAAGAUGUCCGCAGUGAUGCUUGGUGUCGUCGCGUGCUGCUGCGUACUGGCUCGGAUGGCGCCUGCAGCCGUGGCCGUCGAUCCGCCGCUGUCCUUUGUCUCGCCAUUGCCGGUCGUCGCACUGUACCUCCCAGCGCCCGCGUCCGUGCUCUCGCAGGCCACGUACAAGUCAGACCGCAUGCCUGCCUACUGCCAAGUCCAGAUGCCACCGUCCGACAGCAACAGCACGGGUGGUCUCGGCAACACUGUACUUGGAAAUUUAAACUAUGACGGGUGGAUUGGCAUUCGGCUGCGUGGCGCGACUUCGCGUAGCUUUAUCAAGAAGCAGUACUCGGUCGAGCUCUGGUCGGAUCCAGUCUCCAACAAGACAAUCAACCGGCCCUUCCUCAACCUGCCGUCCGAAUCUGACUUUAUCCUGUAUGGACCGAUCGUGGACAAGACCUUGGUGCAGGACGCGCUGGCGUACGCUCUGAGCAACUCGAUUGGCCGGUAUGCCAGUCGCUCGGUCUUUGUCGAACUCUUCAUCUCGGAAAGCGCAGUCAUGCCCGUGUGGAACACGACCACCAACACCACAUCCCCGGUCACGCCUGGGUCGCAGCUCAGCUAUCCUGGCAGGUACUCGGGCGUCUACGUUGUGCUCGAAAAGAUCAAGGCGGACAAAAACCGCAUCGACAUCAAACAUUCCGGGAGCAACCACACCACUGGCGGAUACAUUGUCAAGAUUGACGUGCUCGACCCGACCAAGGAAUACUUUGUCAACACUACGGCUCGCACGCCCAAUCUUGUCAUUGCCGAUCCGCCGCUGAGCGAGCUGACCCCGACGCAGACCGACUAUGUGACGCGCUACAUGAAUGCGUUUGAGAGCGCGCUCGCUUCCGACUCGUUCAACGCACCAGAGAGCAUCCCGCGAGCCAACAUUUCGCGCGAGGACUUGCUCAACAAUGCCAACAACACGUUCGGCUACGCGACCUACAUUGACGUCGAUUCGGCCGUCGACUACCUGCUGCUCACCGAGCUGUAUAAAAACGUGGACGCCUACCGUGCCAGCGCGUACAUGUACAAGGACCGCGGCGACGACGCAAAGCUGGUCUUUGGACCUGUGUGGGACCUCAACCUUGCGUUCGGCAACAGCUACUUUUACGGGAGCAUGAGUCCAGACGGCUUUCAAGUCUGGACCCACUACCGGUACAGCCCCGGCGAAAAAAAGGUCGCUCCGUUGUGGUGGCGGCGCAUGUUGCAAGAUGGCUGCUUUGUUGCGCGGGUGAUUGCACGAUGGCAAGACCUGCGCCAAGGACCGCUGCAAACCUCAACCGUGCUGCAGCUCGUCGAUUCUCUUGUUGCCUCGAUUGGUGCUCUGCCGAUCGCGCGCAACACUGCCAAGUACCCGCCAUCUGACAGCCAAUGGUCGAACGUUGCCCCAACGCGAACGUCGCAGGCAGCCUAUGUUGCUGCUCUCAAGGCCUGGUUGGAACAGCGCUUGGCCUGGAUGGACGCCAACAUUUUCUUCAUUUCGCCCGUCGCCGUGCCUUCUUGUACGUUUGACGCUCCUCCUCCCGCAGUGCCGUUCGUUCCAGGCACGCCGCUCGCUCCCCCAGCCUCCAAAACAUUUUCACCACCGUGUGUCGAAAUGCUGUAUGGCGCUCCAGACGCGUUUUGGUUCCCCAGGGUGGCCAACCAAGUCCUUGUGAUGGACAACGACAAUUUGACCUUUGCACCGCUGCCUUUUGACGUGAACUCGACGACAGAGUUGACGGCCAUUGCUCUGGAUGGUGUUGCGCGCUGCGCCAUUGCCUACCAGUUGACAGUCACGUACCAAUCCAACAACCGUCGCUUUGACCCUUCGUCCUGGACUCUGUACGGCUCGGCCGACGGGGGUGCUAGCUGGACGCCGGUGGACGCGCGCACUGACGUGCAAUUCAUUUCGGACUUGGCCACUCGAAAGUUUGUGAUUGGCGCGGGUGCUGAAACGCUGGCAGGAGGCUUUGCCAGUCCCACCCCGGACAACUGCCCGCGAUUCAAUGCGUUCAAGCUGGCAGUGACGAGUACCUACUUGAACACGUCGCAGCCUCUGCUCUCAGCCUUCCGCGUAUUUGCUUCUGCCGAUGCCGAGCAUGACGCGCUUUGUCUCAAUCUCGUCCAGAUGGCAGAUACGUUUGAGCCGACCCAUGGCAUCCUGGGCGUUUACUACAACGAUUCAAGCUUUGGCUGGUCGCCAGGCUACAACACUCCUCCAAGUUCUCGUUGGACACGAAUGGAUCGGAGCAUCGACUUUGCGGCCGGCCAGCUCACCUGGCCAUCGGAUCCACAAAACGAGCUCUUCCCAGCGGGAUGGAGCAUUCGUUGGACAGGCUGGUUGCGCUUGGACGAUCGCACACAGCUCGACCCAUUCCUCACCCUUUCCGUGGUUUCCUCUGGCCUCUCCGUUCAAACUAGCACGUUGGAUGGCCGUCCGAUCAUGACAAUCAUUGCAUAUGGUGGCUAUCACUUUGUUGAUAUUCGUGUUACCGGUACAGCUGCGACGCCCCCUUCCAAAGCCACGCUCCAACUCUGCUUCAAGCCAGCCUCUGCACCUACCUUGCCGUUCGGUCGCGUCCACUUUACUCCCGUCCCAGACGAGCUUGAUUUUGAGGUGGUUGAUGGAGUGCUCGGCGGAAGCAACACGCUCCAAAUCCCCCGAGAAGACGCCGAAGCUUUCCUCAACACGGUGCGCAAAAUCUGGCUUGUUCGUGGACCAACUCCGGCCGAUGGCGCUACCUCCACUCGGCUUUCCUUCACCCAGUUGGACCCGGGAUUUUACUGCGACAAUGUGGUGGUCUAUUCGGUCAACGCCUCCCUUGCGCCUGAAUCCUGGGUCACUCCCGGCAUGGCCCUGCAAACUCCGUUCUCCUUGUUGCAUCCUGCACUUGCACAAGUCUCCAACCUGUGUGGCAUCUCGGCGACAGUGCCAAUCGUCAUGGUUCCUGGACAGAUAUUUGCAGUUCAGUUCACUUCUUACUGGUCCUCGCAACGCCAGGGCUUUGUGGCGAAUUUCCAGCCUGCCACACCGUACCAAUGUGGCCCUCUUGCCUGCAACGCCGCCAACCAGGGCGGUAACUGCACUGCCAAUGCCAUCUGCCAGUGCGCGCCGGGCUUUGCUGGCGCCGAUUGCACACAAAAGUUUGACUGUCGCACGGUCGGCAACUGCUCAAACAAUGGUAUUUGUGUCGCUGAUGGCCAGUGCUCAUGCGCAAGUGGAUACGGCAACUACAAUUGCGCUGUCGCGUUCGAUUGCAGUGGCCUCAACAAUUGCUCCGGGCACGGGCGCUGCGUGGCCAACAAUGUGUGCGCGUGUGAGCCCAAUGCAGUGGGCCUAGCCUGCGAACAAUACUGUACUCCCAUUGCGACUGCCAUCACGCAAAUCCUGGCCACUGGCGAGCUUCCGCCCUACGAGACCGCAGCUAUGAUGUUCGACCGCAAUGUCUUGACCAAGUGGUUUUAUAGCACACGUGUCGCUCCUGCCCAAGCAUGGGUGUCUGUCAAGUUUGCCGAGCCCGUCGCGAUUGAUGGCUACAUUUUGGGUUCGGCCAAUGACAUGUCGGUCCGAGAUCCGCGAGAUUGGUCACUCGAAGGCAGUGCGGACGGAGCGCAGUGGACUUCACUGGACGUGCGCACCGACGAAACAUUUUCACAGAGGUUUCUGCUUCGGUUCUUCAACAUGACUGCUGCAGACGCGUACCAGUACUACCGCCUCUCGAUUACUUCUGCUCUAAGUCGGACCACAAAGGACUUGCAGCUUUCAGAAAUGCAGCUGUGCCAGCGCGUUGCGCCAGUUGUUUCUACCUCUGCUGGACUGCUGUCUUCAACCGUGGAGCCUUUUUCCUCCACUGCCUCGUCUGCCACACCCUCUUCUGCCACACCAGCAAUAUCAUCUGCCACGCCAGCGGUGUCAUCUGCCACUCCAGCGGUGUCAUCUGCCACACCACUCGUCUCCUCGGCAUCUGCCGAAACUUCCAAAGUGGCACCGUCGAAAUCGACGCACGUGUCUCCAGGUACUGCAUCCGACGCGUCGGAAGGGGGCGCCAACUCCACCACGAUUGCAUUGAUUGUCGUGGCUGUUGUCCUGCUGGUUGGCGGGCUGGGCUUGGUCGGCCUCUUCCUGUACCGCCGGUCUCGUGGCCACGCUAUGCCAAACAUGUUUCAAAUGCGCUCCAGGAAGCUUGACAAGCGCCCGAUGAUUUGGAUGGCUGUGGAUGAUGACGACGACGAAGAUGUCUUGUAAAGGAUUUUUAUGUUCGAGGCGGGUUUGGCAUUCCGUGUGUGUAUUUUUUAUUUGUGUGUGUGUGUGAGCCUGAGAUGGUUGAAUAGCUUGAUAUUUUCUUCCAAACAAUGAGUGUGAGACAAGUCUAAUG